AUGCGUCACAACAACAUCGAGUCGAUCAGGGCGAUCACCUACGAUCAGCAACCGUCGAUGGAGGCGAUGGCCGACGCGAACAACAACCACGGCAACGGCACCACCACUGGCUACACGCUGCUGGGCGCCGACGCCGCCGGCACGCUGACGUCGGAGAUCCGCAAGGACGAGAAGUACUCGCUCCGGCAGCGCCAGUCCCGCCGCACCACACUCGAGUCGAGCGUCAGUAAAGCAUCGGGAACGACGAAGGAGAAAGUAACGCCGAAGGAGAAACCCAAGCCGAAAGCCGCCCCGCUCAGCAAGUACCGGCGGAAAACGGCCAACGCCCGCGAACGAAGCCGCAUGCGGGAGAUCAACAGUGCGUUCGAGAACCUGCGGCGCGCCGUUCCGGUGGCGGUGGCCGGACCGAGCGGGAGCAGCUCCCCGGUCAGCUCGCCCCAGUGCGGUGCCAGUGCGUCGUCGUCGAGCGAGAAGCUCACCAAAAUCACCACGCUCCGGAUGGCGAUGAAGUACAUCCGGAUACUGAGCGAUAUGCUAUCCGGCGGCACAUCCAGCGGUGGCUACGACAACAACAAUGACCUGGACAUGGUCAACCACAACGAGAUCGAGCGCGAGGUCAUGCAGAAGGGCCUGUUGCUCCGCGAUGGGCUGCUCCAGGGAUACGGAUCACCCGAUCUGUCUCCGGUGCGUCCACCAGUGGACCACCGGUACACGGCGCCACCGGGACCACCAGCUAGGGGCAGCAGCAGUAGCAGCAGUAGUAGCAGCAGCAGCAGCAGCAGUGGCUGCACCAGCACCUUGACCUCGAGCCCACGGAAGCGGAGCAGUAAAAAGUCCACUCCAGCCUCCAGUCGGGCGAAGAAGAGCAACACCGCCGGAUCGGCGGGUGGCACCCGGUCCCGCACCCGGAAGCUUCCUCUGGCGGCGAGUUCGAACAAGCUCACCGAGCACAGCCCUGUUCCGCUAAUAGCAUUGGACGCGGCCAGUAUCGAUCCCGGGCCCGCCGAUAGCGGACCGCUCAGCAUGGACGUGGACCUCGGCUCGGUGCUGGAGUCGGACAACGACUCGCUCAUCCUGUCCGAGCCGUGCCUCAGCCCGGGCGUGACGGGUGCGGGCGGUCUGAAGGCGCACGGGUUCGGCUGCCCCAACACUAGCACGGUGGUGCCAAACGAUAACCUCGAGUUUGGACUGUUCCUAGAGUCGGACGCGGACUCGCUGCAGCUGUCCGAGCCCUGCCUAAGCCCGCUCAGCCACCUGGACUCGCUGAACCCGUUCAACGAGCUGCUGACCGGCUUCAACGAGCAGACGGCCCUCGAGCUGUACCUAUGA